UCAAGGGGAAUCAAUUCUUACAAGGAGCCUAACAUAAUCUGCACCAGUUGAUGGAUUCGAGGCUGUCUGAGGCUUCUAAAACAGGAGACAUCCAGCUCUUGCACCAGUUGAUGGCAGAGCAUCCACUUCUGCUCCAUAACCUUGCCCUAACUUCCAUCGAGAACCCGCUACAUGUCGCUUCGCUUGCCGGACACGUAGAAUUUGUUCAGGAGAUCGUGAAGUUGAGACCAGCUUUUGUGCAUGAAAUGAACCACGAUGGGUUCAGCCCCAUGCACAUCGCGGCAGCCAACGGGUAUUUGGAGGUUGUAAGGGAGCUGCUGAGAGUUGACCCGAGACUCUGCCGGAUGAAAGGAAGAGACCAAUGGACUCCUCUUCAUUAUGCUGCUGCUAGAGGGAGAGGUGAUGUCGUCGGAGAGAUGGUUUUGGCUUGCCCGGAAAGUCUCGAAGACGUUACUCUGCAUGAGGAGACUUCGUUGCACCUUGCUGUUAAUAACUGCCAGUUUGAAGCAGUUAAAAUUUUGGUUGAGUUGGUCAUCGAACUGAGGAGGGACAACGUUUUGAAUAUGAAGGACAAAUAUGGCAACUCAGUUCUUCACGUAGCAACCUGGAAGAAACAACACCAGGUGGUGGAAUGGAUAGUUGGCAAUAGAACAACUCCAAGUGCAUUGGAAGUAAACAUUGUAAACCAGAGUGGUCUAACACCUCUUGAUCUGCUACUAAUCUUCCCGAGUGAAGCUGGCGAUAGGGAAAUUGAAGAGAUCCUUCGUGGUGCCGGAGCUUCGAGAGCAAAAGACAUACACCAUACUUCCUCUAAUUGUCCCAUGGAAACAAAUACCCUUCAGUUGCAGCAGCCAAAAGACCCAAUGCAAUACUUCAAGUUCAAAAAGGGCAGAAAAUCUGACGACGAUCCAUACGCCACGGUGCUGCUAGUUGUCGCUGUACUAGUGGCCACCACCACCUUUCAAGCCGGAAUCAGCCCUCCGAACGGCGGUUUGCACUACACCACUGGAUCAAAUAAGAAUGGGAUUGACUGUGGGAGCAAUGGUUUAGUAGUUGUCUAUAUGUUUUUCAACACGAUUGGAUUUUCGGUUUCGCUUUUCAUGAUCGACUUCCUCACGCGCAAUUUCCCUCUGCUGUUUCAGCUUCGAUUUUGUAUGGUGAUGAUGUACGGCACGUACACCGUAGCAGUUAUCAGCACUGCACCGAAAAGCAUGCUGCUCUGCAUCACUUCGUCAACUCCAUUAUUUGUAGUGAUUUUACAGUUGUGCUGUUGUAUUAAUUUUAAGGUGCCUUGGCAAAACCUAAUAGGCUCUUAGGCUCUCUUACGAAGUUAGUUAUUUUCAGGCAUGUUAUUGCUAGCUAGACAGCUUGUUUAUAGGUCAUUUGCUUGCCCCACAAAUAAAUUGUGCCUCUUAUCAAAAGAUUGUUCUAUA